AUGCCGCCUACCACAGGCUGGUCGAAAAAUACAAAAACAUUGAUCCAAAUGCCAACAGCUACUGAAGCAGCAUUGAAAUCUACAUAUUGCAGAUUAGAGACUAUAGAGCAUAAACUCAAGACAGAAAAUCUGUCAGAAAACAAACAGAAACUACUACAACAAGAAGUUGAAGAGGUCAGAAAACUGCUAAAGACCCAUGAAGAUCAAUUGGCACACUUGAGGACUCACAACAGAGCCACCUUUGUUUUUGUUGUUUGCUUAGUUUUCAUUAUAUUUGCUGUGUACAUGCUCUAUAUUUUGGUGAAAGGGGAUCAGUUCUAG